AAAAAGUUGCUUUUAAUCGAAAGUGGAACCACUUUAGUCUAAUCAGUUUUUAAAGUUGAAAGAAUCAAACCAAAACAACAAAACCCAUGUUCCACUGUCUCUUUCUCUCUGCCCAAAUUUACACUUCAUGGGCAAGUCGGCAAGAUUUCGCCGGAGCCAGACCUCAUCGUCGGAGAAUAAUCCGACCGACGAUGUCUUGACGGGUAAAGAUAGCUCCGACGAUCCUUACAGCUCCGACUCAGACACUGAGUCAAACUUGAGCUCCGGGACCGAGUCAAACAUGAGCUGUGACUCGGCAACUUCGACGGGACUGUCGGCGAUCAUACGAGUCUUGUCUGAUUCUCUGCUUCGAACGGAAUUAGCGGAGAUGGAGAUGAUCAAGGCUCGUGAAGCAGCGAGAUUAGAAGCUGAGAAGAGAAGGUUGGAAAUGGAAGUCGACUUGACUCAGAUGGUGCUUCAGACUCAUUUGCAAGCUACGACGUCGUUACUCGUCGGAGAACAUAAGAUUUCUCCGGCACAGAGGAAGAGGAAGAGAUCAGACGUUGAAGAACUCGAGUCCUCUACCACAAGGGAAAAGAGUUUAGCUUUGUUGGGAUUACUCCAACUUAACCUGAUUUUUUGGAACUCAUUGACCUGAAAAAAUACAAAAGUCAAAGUCAGAAGGCCAAUUGUAUCAUGAACUUUUACUCUUUCAGUCUUUUUUUCCAACCUCAAAUGAAUAAGUUUACGAAUACAAGCUGUGUUGUGAUUUGUUGAAUAAAAAGAUGUGUUGUUUAGUCCUUUCUUCCAAUUUCAAUGAAUAAUUUUUAUUAAAUUUUCCAAUAGACACUCAAAAGUUAUGGUUC